AUGCUUUCUACCAUUUCUAAAAGAAACGAACUAGAAAAUAAAAGUCAGUCUGACAACGAACGGCAAACUAUGGCCAAUACAGUCCAACCUAUGCCAUCAAUCUCAUGCAAAAGUGGAUUUUCAAUACAGUCAUUUCAUACUGCUAUUGAUCAUCAAGAUCCAAUAGACGAUACUAUUCAACCUACCACAUCCAAAAUUACCGCAUCUUAUGACAAGGCUAGUAAGUCAAGUAUCACAGGAUCGGUGAUACCAAAGAUCAAUCACGAUUAUUUUGAAGAUCGUGAUUACAUAGCCAACAUACAUUCAGUACAGAGCCACCAUACCCCCAGUAACAUAUUUUAUUAUGGAUCACUCGACAGUGCCGCCAUUUUAGGUUCUCCGGCUGGCUCAUACUUUGACUAUUUCAGUGAGGAUUAUGAAGUUGUAUUAGACGAUGGCACAAGACAGAAGAGAUCAGUCUCAUUAUCCACUAUACCGAUAUCCACGCCUUAUGAAUACGAAAGGAAAUAUAGAGGAAACUAUAAUUUUGCAUACUACGGUGAAGAUGACAAUCUCAAGUCAAUUAGUAGACGUCAGGAAGAAGACUUUUACCAUCAUUUGAUCGAACAAGAGGAACGUUGCGCGCUUUUGAAAUCAUCCACGUCCACACCAGAUAUGAUAAUUCAAGACCUUCAGCCUCAUGAGUUAAGUGAUGAAGACACUGAAUACAAGACAAAAAACAAAAAGCCGGAUCAAAGUUUACUCUCCGCUUUUGGUGCCUGGAUUCAACUAAAAUUACAAAGGACAAAGCUGUCUUACAAACAAAAAAUGGUCCUCAAAUGCAGCUUUGCCUAUCUUUUGGGUUCUUUAUUCACGUUUAUUCCAGCGCUCAAUAACAUGCUGGGUACUGCAAGACUUUCCAGUCACGUUAUUGCUACAGUUACCGUCUUCUUUAAUCCAUCAAAGACAAUAGGUGGCAUUAUUGAAGCUGCAGGCUAUGGUAUCCUUUACACAGUGUGUGCUAUGCUUGUUUCUCUUACAAGUAUGUGGGUUGCUAUUUAUUUAAGAAGUCAUAAUUAUUACGUAACCUCUUGCAUCGUCACAGUGGGCUUUUGGCUAGCUGGAAGCACGUUUAUUCUCUCUUUUAUCAAAGCUCGCUAUAAUAAACCUGCUAUAGCAACAGGUUGUGGACUCGGUUUCAUGAUCAUAUUCCCAGUACUCGUGAAGGAAGGAUCUGAAGUACCAGCUCAGUUUGAUGCGACGUUCAUUGAGGACAUGUUUGCUAUUGUCACAAUUGGCGCCGCUAUAUCAGUAGCUGUGUGCUGUCUUGUUUGGCCAAUGACAGCCACUAGGAAACUAAAGUCUGAUAUCAAUGAUACCCUCAUGGCUAUCAAAAUACUGCUCAAGCUUCUUACAAAGACUUUUUUGUUAGACACAGAUCUUCCCGAAUUCACAGCCAACGAAAGCUUGCAGAACGCCAUCAACUCCCAUCGCACCAGCUUCACUUCCUUAAAAUCAUCUCUCCACGAUGCUAAAAGAGAAUUCUAUAAUCUUGACAUCUGGCUACAUGCAGAUGGAUACGAUACAAUUGUAUCUAGCCUACAGAGGCUCGCUCAGCACAUCGGUGGCCUUCGUAGCAGUUGCGGCUUACAGUUUGAAGUAAUGAGAUCUACAGUCAACCACAAAACGUACGGCACGAUUGAACGUCCAGAAGACGAAGUCAGCAAGCCAUCACUGCUGCCUAAAAAGAAAAUAUACAAUGUGAAGGCAGGUGAUCAGCGUAAGAAGAUGGAAUGUGAACUGAGAAAGGAACAAACCUCUUCUGGCUACACAAGAAACAACAGUGCUUAUAGCAUAAAGGAUGAUGAAGAAGAGAUAGAAAUAGCCGAACAAAUUACUGAUAGAAAUAAGCCUGACGAGGGCCCACUCGUCCAGUUCAUCAAAACCGUUAGACCUCCUAUGAAAUCAUUGGCUUACACAUGCAAACAAACAAUCAUCCAUCUUCAAAGUCGAUUCACUGGACAGACUACUGCCGAUACACCAAGUUUUUAUCUUUUAAGACAGAAUCUUGCCAUGGCCAUCUCUCUUUUUGAAGAGUCUCAACAAUUGGCACUGACAAGGAUGUAUCGUCAAAAGAUGCGAAAGGCUGCUUCAAAGCAUGGAAUGAAUAUCAAGCCACAAGAUCUCCAGUCUCAUUUGAUGAACCAAUUCGCAGCACAAGACGUGUUUUUGGUGUACUUUUUUGUAUUUUGCUUACUAGAAUUUGCAAAGGAACUCAUGGUAUUGGUGGAAUGUGUUCAAUCCGUUUAUGGAUACGAUGAAGAGCAAGAUAGAAAUGGAUCAAGUGCAUGGAUGUGGAUCAAGAAGCAUUUUAUUUUUCCAUUCUGGUUCUUGUGUUGUUGCUGUUACAAACCUAUUAGCCAUGAGAAUAAUACUCCUUACAUGUCCAAGACACAAAAGCUAUUUACUGACACCUUUGUUCCAAACAACCAUAACACUCUAAACACGCUACACACUCCAAAGCCAAAGACAAAGAUUCGCAAGUUUUUCUUGAGCCUCUGGGGAUUCUUUUCUUUGUUUAAAAGCCAUAAUGUUCGAUAUGCUCUAAAGUCAACACUGAUUGCUGUGGGUAUUGCUUCCUUGGCGUUUAUUCCUAUAACCAGAGAAUACUUUCAGACUUACAAAAUGGACUGGACAUUAAUCACGGUAAUAGCUGCUAUGACACCAACUGUAGGUGGUACCAACCUUGUUGCAGUACUUCGAGUGCUUUCCACUAUGCUAGGAUCCAUUGUGGCUGUCUUGUUCUAUUUGUUUAUACCUCAUGACGGGCCCCUGCUGCUUCUUUUUACUUGGGCAUUUUCUAUUCCUUGUUUCUGGGUGAGCUUAAACCACAAGCAUGGUAGAUUUGGCACUUUCUCCUUACUCGCAUACAAUUUGAUUGUUCCAUUCAUGUUUAAUCACAAAGAUGAGGAGACAGUAAUUGGUGUCAUCGAGCUUGCUACUAUGAGAUGCGCAACAGUAUCAGUUGGUGUUGUCAUUGGUCUUAUUGUAACAACAUAUGUCUGGCCAUAUGAAGCAAGAAAAGAAAUGAGAAAGGGGCUGUCUGAUCUACUCAUUCGAUUGUCAUGGCUUUAUAAACAACUGGUGUCUGAAUACUCUGAAUACGAUCUUGCUAUGCCCAAGAGUGAUCAUGAUAACCACAUGGUUACAUCUGUUGAAGAGAUUGAAGCCUUAGCUAGACGGAACGAGAUACGAUCUAUACAGCUACAGCACAUCGAAUUAUCUCUCCAGGUUAGCCUGGUUGAGCUGCAAGACUUACUCGUUCAUGCCCCUAAUGAACCACGACUGAAAGGGCCAUUCCCUGUCAAGACAUACGAAACCAUAUUGGCUUCUUGUCAAAGUAUCUUGGAUAAGUUUUUAUCCAUUCGUAUUGUCAUUUUGAAAGAUAUUUGGGCCACUCAAGUACGAAAAGACUUGAUGCUUCCUGCAAGCAAAGAGCUUAUGGAAAUGGCUGGCUGUGUCCUAUUAUACUUUUACUUACUGGCCUCUGCUUUACAAUUAAAGACACCUCUGCCACCUUAUCUACCUCCCGCUGAAAAGGCUCGAGAAAUGUUGAUGCUGAAGUUACAGCGGUUACCUAAAAUAACUGCUGAUUUGAAAAAGAACAAGGACUGUAGUGAUAGUGAAGCGGUCAAAGACGAAUGCUAUAUGGUUUACUAUGCUUUUGUUGUUAAUAUGGAAAGUAUUAUUAUUGAAUUGGAUAAGCUUGGUCAACAAAUGAAAGAACUCUUUGGAUCCUUGGUUCCUGACGAUCAAUGGGCAAGAUCGUUUGGUUUAACAGAUCUUGAGCAAAAUAGAGUCUUGUAUUAA